UCCUCCUCACAAAAUUCAAUUCGAUUCCAUUACUUGCUGGCUUGCCCUCUUCCUGCUCCUCUUCUCCCUGCUCCUGCAGAGAGGAAGAGGCGGGAUGCCGCGGGCGGCCCCGCCGCGCAAGGUGCCCCUCCGCAAGCUGCUGCGUGCGGCGUCGGUAGCGUGCGGGGUGCAGUUCGGAUGGGCGCUGCAGCUGUCGCUGCUGACGCCCUACGUGCAGGAGCUGGGCAUCCCGCACGCCUUCGCCAGCCUCGUCUGGCUGUGCGGGCCCCUCUCCGGCCUCCUCGUCCAGCCCCUCGUCGGCCAUCUCUCCGACCGCAUCGCCCCCGCCGCCUCCCCGCUCGGCCGCCGCAGGCCCUUCAUCGCCGCAGGCGCAGCCUCCAUCGCCGCUGCCGUCCUCACUGUCGGCUUCUCCGCCGACCUCGGCCGCCUCUUCGGCGACAACAUCACCCCGGGCUCAACCCGCCUCGGCGCCAUCUGCGUCUACCUCGUCGGAUUCUGGCUGCUCGACGUCGGCAACAACGCAACGCAGGGGCCCUGCAGGGCGUUCCUCGCGGACCUCACCGAGAAUGACCCAAGGAGGACUCGUAUUGCUAAUGCAUACUUCUCACUCUUCAUGGCCCUGGGAAACAUACUCGGAUAUGCCACUGGAGCAUACAGUGGCUGGUAUAGGAUAUUUCCUUUCACUGUUACUCCAUCCUGCAGCAUCAGUUGUGCCAACCUCAAGUCUGCCUUUCUUCUUGAUAUCAUUGUUUUGGUGUUCACUACGUACAUUACUGUAGCAUCAGUGCAAGAACCUCAAUCUUUUGGAGGUGAUGAAGCGGAACAUCCAAGUAACGAACAAGAAACUUUCCUCUGGGAACUUUUUGGGUCAUUCAGAUACUUUACACUGCCAGUUUGGAUGGUUUUGAUUGUCACUGCCCUUACUUGGAUUGGGUGGUUUCCUUUUAUCCUCUUUGAUACCGAUUGGAUGGGCCGAGAGAUCUACCGAGGAAGCCCGGACAACCCAGGAGAAACUCAGAGGUACCAUGAUGGUGUGAGAAUGGGUUCUUUUGGUCUAAUGCUUAACUCCGUCCUUCUUGGAUUCACCUCUGUUGUACUAGAAAAGUUAUGUAGGAAGUGGGGUGCUGGACUAGUAUGGGGUGUCUCCAAUAUCCUAAUGGCUUUGUGCUUCGUGGCAAUGCUUGUAAUAACAUAUGUUGCGAAGAACAUGGACUAUCCACCCAGUGGUGUACCUCCAACUGGCAUUGUCAUUGCUUCCCUUGUGGUUUUUACAAUUCUAGGAGCACCCUUGGCAAUCACAUACAGUAUACCAUAUGCAAUGGCUGCUAGUCGUGUCGAAAAUCUGGGUCUUGGCCAAGGUCUAGCAAUGGGCAUUCUCAAUUUAGCUAUUGUCAUACCACAGGUUAUUGUGUCACUUGGUAGUGGGCCAUGGGAUCAACUCUUCGGUGGCGGAAAUGCACCGGCUUUUGCAGUGGCAGCUGGUGCAUCUUUCAUAGGCGGGUUGGUGGCUAUUCUGGGGCUUCCGCGAGCGCGCAUUGCAUCAUCAAGGAGGAGAGGCGGGGCAGGGGCACACCGAUAAGUUAUUAUCACCGUUACAUGUGUGAAUGCUCUGCUCCGCUCCACUCCGGUGGAAGUGUUACAACUUGCAACCAUUCUUUGCGGUCGGUUGGGCACAGCAAGACACGGGGAAGCUCUCCUCUUGGACUGGAAAAGAACUGGAAGCUCUGGAAGUAUCUUUUUGGGGAUUGCCUUUGUUUCGUGGAUGAGCUAUUUUUGCCUUGUGUCCAUGUGAAACAUCAUCAUUUGUUGUUGUGUGUCGAAUGUAUGUAUGCCGGUCAAGCCAUUUGUAGAGAGAGAGGUUACUUAAUGAAUGAAUAAAAUAAAAGUUGAAUGCUUAA